AUGUCGUUCCUCGUACUGAAACCAACCGUCGACAUCGAAAACGUUCCCGAAUUCUACAAAUUAUUCUUGAGUUCAACGGUUCAGUAUCACCACAAAGAACGCCAGUGGAUUCUGACGUUGAUUGCGGAUUCGUUGAUUGAACCGUACGACUACAAUGUUCUGCAGAAACGUUACGUGAUCAAGUUGUGUCUCUCGCUAUUCACCAGUAAUAUGUCAACAAUGGAAACUCGUAAACUCGUCUUGAUCAUUCUGCGAUCUGCACUCAAGCAUCAAUCAGUUGCAAAGGAUCUCUUCUACAGAAGCAAUUUACAAUCGUGGAUCACUGUCACGGCGCAGCAGUCGACACUAUCAAGAUGGGAGAAGGUAUUCUUGUGUCAGCUCUUCAUCACUUUGUAUGAGCACAUUAAAACGUUCAUGAUGAAUGAAACUAAUCAAAACGAUAUCAAAUCCAAAAAUCAAAUCGCUCUGCAGCAAAAAAUUUGUCAAAUGCUCAGCCGAAAGAUGAAACAAAUGCUCGAUGAAGUGGAUGAUAGUGGAAGAGCGGUUUGGUCGAAGAAACUGGACGAUUUGAUUAGUAGCGAUUGGUCGGAGAAGGAAGUUGUUGAAAAUGACAAUGCAUAA